AUGCCCCGUGCACCCGCAGCCCACCGCGGCGGCGGCAAGCGGCCCAUCCGCGGCGCUCACCGGACCACCUCCCCGACUCCCCGCCGCCGCCUUCCGGUCCCCAAUCACUUCCUCGCCCUCCGCUUGAGCCUCCUCUUCGCCCUCUUCGCCCUCACCACCGCUCCCCACCGCCCCCGCAAGCGCCGCACCGACGGCGCAAGUCGCCCCGCCCCCUGUCCCCGCCGCCGCCGCCGCAGCCGUAUUGCCGCCCUCCGCCGCUUCCUCGCCCUCGGCUCAUUCGCCCUCCGUCACGUCCUCGCGGGCGGCGCAUCGGCCUCUUGCCGCCGCCGGAAGGCCUCCUUCUCCUUGAUAGAGAAAGACAUGGGCUGCACCUUCUCGCGGGCCUCGAGGGUAUACAAGAAAGCUGUCGAGGGGUUGCGGGAGGUGGGAGAUCUCAGUGCCAAUCAGGUUCAAGCGGACAAGGCUGAUGCGGCCAGGAGGGGUAUUGGCGAUUGGACCAACAUUAGAUCGGAGGAGGUGCCGAGCUAUAAGCCCAAUGAGGUAACCAUUUCAAUCUCAUGGUUGCAUGAGAAGAAAUUAACAUGGUUCGCUGUGGUGAAAUGCUUUUCACAUAUAACUCACAUAGUUUGUACCUGUCAUUUUCAGGAUCUGCCUGAAUUAUUUACAGCUCUCACAAAUGAAGAAGAAAGUUUAGUACACUACUAUUUGUAUGGUAGUGGUCACAGUAAAGAAAGAUUAGUACUGCAUGAGUCUUCAAAUAUCGAGAUUACCAGAGAGAAACUAUGGUGCUUGAGGCCUCGUGGUUGGUUAAACGACGAGGUCAUCAAUUUUUACCUAGAAUUGUUAAAGGAGAGGGCAAAAAGAGAACCCACAAGAUUUUUAAAAUGCCACUUCUUUAACACAUUCUUCUAUAAGAAGCUUGCUGGUGGAAAAACUGGUUAUGACUAUGAAUCUGUCAGAAGAUGGACAACCCUCAACAAGUUGGGUUAUGCGCUAAUGGACUGUGAUAAAAUAUUUAUUCCAAUUCACAGAGAUUUACAUUGGUGCUUGGCAGUUAUUAACAUGAAGGAAAAAACUUAUGAAUAUCUUGAUUCUUUUGGUGUCAUGGACUUUGAUGUACUGAGAAUACUGGCUACAUAUAUUAUGGAUGAAGUGAAGGACAAGAGUAACAUAGAGUUAGACGUUAGUUCUUGGCAGGAUGUAUCAGUUCCUCUUUGUAUGCAACAUAAUGGAUGGGAUUGCGGUAUGUUCAUGCUCAAGUUCAUCGAUUUCCACAGCCGAGGUGUCAGUCCAUCUUUUAGUCAGGAAGACAUGGAAUAUUUUAGGAAGCGGACAGCAAAGGAGAUCCUGAGAUUAAAAGCUGAGUAAGGAAUGGGCCCUUUAUGAUCAACAUCUAGACAUUUUACCAUGUCAGGUAUUCUUCUUGCAUUCCGCUGGAAAAGAUGCGAGGAAGUAUCUCUGCUGUCAACUAGAGUCGUGGUGAUUAAGCUCUAAGAGUAUAUCACCAUGCCACCACAGUUUUGUAAAAUCUCUAAUUCAUAUUCAUCUAGGAUCUGAUUUUGAUAAAAUAGGAAGGAUGGAGAAGAGAUGUAUAGGGAAGAUAAUAAGACUUGUUUAGAGGUAGAGUGCUCUGCUCCCCCCAAUACCAUGUAUCAGCAAUUGUAAUCUGGAACUCAAGACAGUAUAAGGCCGGCAUGAAUUAUUCCUCUUAUAACCUUA